AUGUUCCUUAUAAGGUGAAAAAAGGCUCCUUUUUUGCUGCCUUUUUGCUCCAUUUUAUCAGCCCUUAUGCACCAUUUUUGCUGCCUCUCUCUUUAUCCACCAUUUCUUGAGCUUUCAAAAUCCCAGAAAAAUGGAUGGCUCGAUAAAUGGACUCUCUUUGCUGCCUUUCUGCGGCCUUUUUUGAGCCUUUUUUGAGGCCUUUUUGCGGCCUUUCUGAAGCCUUACUGGGGCCUUUUUUGAGCCUCUCCCUUUUUGUGGCCAUUAUCCACCAUUCCGACUUUGCCCGAGUGUAUUUUUUUUUAAAUAUCAUCUCAAUGUUCAUAGUUUAUUUGACCUUCUCAAAGAGAUUGAAAACUCCUGAAAUUUGCGAAAAUAACAUUUUUUUAACCUGACUUUCUCGAUUUAAGCAAAGUUUGAUGGCUUUUUCUUACCAGAAUUUUUUGAAAAUCCGAAAAUUUUCCAUUUCCGUUGACAAAAAAAUUGUCUUUUCCGAAUUUUAAGAGCUCAAAAAAGUGGUAUCUAUAUAUAUUUCACUUCAGAUUUCAAAAUGAAAUUUGAGAUUUUUUUCAAAGUUCCAGUUAAGAAUGCAGUGUUUUUUUAAUUUUAAGAUUAUCGAAAGAAAAAAAACAAGAAAAUAUUAAUUUUUUUCGCGUUUUUGAACUAAGAAAAGAGUUAAAAAAAUCGAAAUUGAUCAUUUUUCGAUUAUUUUUUUGAACUUGAUGAAUUUUUUUCAUUGGUUUUUUUCUGUCUCGAUUUUUCAAGCCUUCCUUCAAUUUUUUUGUUUGAUUUUUUUGAUUUUUUUAUCAUUUACCUCAAGAAACCUCCUCGCCAAAGCCUUGCAAAUCAGCCGAAGGCCCAAUUAUUUGACGGAAGCCCUGAGGAUCGCCGUUUCACUCGAUGAUGUUAAGGAGGUUUGAAUUAAAACAAAUAAUUGACAAAAUGUUCAUUUCAGGCCUCAGCGAUCGCAAAAGAACUAAUGACGUUGGAUGUCGAUAAUGUUUAUGCGGCUUUGGGUACGAAUUUUUCACUUUUUUUCAAAUGUUUUACUUCAAAAAAAUGAAGCUUUUCCUAAGGAAAAGUUUUUUUAAUCAAAAACUGCUCAAUUCUUAACUUUUUAUCGUUUUUAAAGUUUGAAAACUUCGAAUUAAAGAAAAUGGAAGAUUUUAUGGACAUGUCCAUGUUUGAAAAAAAACAGACUUAAAACGAUAAAUACGAAAAAAAUGAAAGGAUUGUUUUUCAGACUUCAAAAAUAGCUUUCUGAAAAACGGACCCUGGAAAACUAAAAAAAAAUUAUAGAGGUCUAAGUGCUACUACCAGACCACUAAAAAUUUAAGCGGCCACUUUAGGGAUCAAUGGAUCAACAUAACUGGUCCAUACUGUUUGUUUUAAAAUUAUCAGAGUUACUGGGAGGAAUACUGAAUGAAAAAUUACUGAAAUGGCCACUAAAACGGAAAAUAGUAUUCACUAUAGAGGUGGGUUUAGUGGCCACUUCAGUGUCCUAUCCAAGUAGUUCUUGGCAAACCUCUAUAGUGGCCACUGAAAAUUUUCCCAGUUGACCUGUUCAUUUUCUCUUAAAUUCGGCUGAAGCCGAAGUUUUUCGAAUAAAAUUUGAGAUUCUACGAGUUUUUCUUAGCGAAUUUUGAAACAAGUGGAGUUUUGCGGUUUCCAGUAUGAAGAUGGAUUAAAUUUCAAUAAAAAUAAACUCUGAGAAAAAUUCCAAGAUGAUAAUUUUGAUAAUCCGUUUUCUUCUCAUUUUUCAGUUUUUUCAUCAUUCGUUCGAAAAAAAAAACGUUUUUCUGACUUUUCUGGUUGAGCUACUUUUCUGAAAUCAUCUAAUAGCCUGUCUGAAUUUUAAAAAAAAAUGGAUUUUUAGGACUGGUACUAUCCCUUCUAAUGAGCGGAAAUGCGAAAGACGCCGCGACUCAGUACGAAAUCGUCCAUGAAGCUCAUCAAUUCGUCACUUCUUCCACGGUGAAUAAAUCGUUCAAGCAUGCAUUUUUUUUUUUGAGAAUCUUGGAAUUUCUGGUAGAUUUGUCCAUAAGUGAACCUUUUUUCAAAUUUUAAACGAAAAAACUCGAAAAAUUGGAUAAAAAUUAGGCUAUGAAAAUGAAAGAUUUCAUAGAUCUGAAAAAAAGUGUAAAUUUUUCAAAACAAUAAUAGUUUAUUUAACUUUCUAACAAUAUAAAAUCCCGAAGUCCCAGUUAAAAAUUAAUAUUAUUAGCAUUAAAAUGAAAGGUUUUACAAAUUUAUACAGUAUCUCUACAGUCCUGGAAAAGUGUAAAUUUUGGAUUUUUUAAAAUUUCGAAAAAGUGCAUCUUCGCCCUAAGGAUAAACAGAAAAAACUCACAAAAAUCAAUAAUGACGUCACUAGCCUCUUUUUCAAGAUCUACUACGUCAUCGGCGCGAUUUUGGCCAAGCAGAAAAGUGGCAAUUUCGAUGAUUUUCGUCAGCAAAUCGCCAAAGCCUUGGACGUUCAUCAGAAUAAUUUGCAGGUUGCUUUCUUUUUUAUUUAAGAGUCUGUAGAUUAAAAAAAAACUCAUAUGAAUAAGGUCAAAAUUGGUUAAAAUGCGCCCUAGCGCGAAAGAUCUCUUAAAGACCUUUUUUUUGAAGUUUGAGCCUGGAUAAAUUGACACGGCAAUGAUAAGUUUCUGUGUGGCCGUCACAUCAAAAUUUUGAAUUUUUUUCUUAUAGGAUACGGUACUUUUUCAUACUGUAAAAUAUCUACAGUGUAGGAAAUUGAAGUUUGAAAAAAUGAAAAUGUUAUUCGAAACCGGUGAAAAUGCGCUCCAGCGCGAACGAUCUUUGCAAAUAAAUAUUAUUCCCCAUUUUUGACUUAUGUUUUUUGAGGCUACUGUAAUUUUUUCAUACUCUACAAAGUCCACAGUGUACUCAGAAAAACUCCAUCACUUGAGAAGGUAGUGGUCACUUAAGUGGUUCCUAAAUAAUCACUUGGAGAGGGCACUAAAGGGACCACUAAGACCACCUUAAUAGAAACCACUAUUUCGCGUCUUAGUGGCUACUAGAGUAGUUUUUAGUGGUCUACACUUCUAAAGUGACCUCUAUACUUCCGCCACUUAAAUGACCACUAAUGCGACUACUAUAGUGGCCACUAAGACGUCGGAACCCUCAAGUGGCCACUUGAAAAUUUCCCAGUACUUUUCGAAGACUGGUAUUAAAAAACCAAGUUCAUAGGCAAAAAGCCUUAAAAUUGGUGAGUAUGCGCUCUGGCCUUACAGUUUUGACUUUGUGGUUUACUGCAGGUUUUCAUACUGUAAAAUACCUACAGUAUUCAGAACAUCCCAUUCGGGGUCGAUUAUUUGAGUGCGAUGGACAGCGACGUGAUGUAUCUGAUUGCUCAGCAAAUCCUCGAUUUCGCCCCUCUAGUGGUCGGUUUUCCCUAUCCAAGUAAUCACUUUAGUGGCUUCAUAAUGAACUGGUUUCUGUGAAAAAGUAAAAACAGCCGCGAUUGACAGAGUUUCUGCGCUUCAUCGCUAAUUUUAUCCGGAAAGCCCGUGCAGGCUAUUAAGCGAUAAAUGAAGCAUGAAGCCUUAUUAUAAGGACCUUUUUUUAUUCAGCCAGUCAAAGCCGCCGACGACUGCCUGAAAAUAGCCGACAAAGUACUGACGAUGAUCGUGGAUGCAUCUCCAGGCAUGCGUUUGCGGUCGCGUCGCAGUUCUGAUACAUUCUUUCAGGUCUUGCUCAUGUCACCUACCUUCUCGCCCGGGUACAGUACCUCUCGAUGGAUUACGGUAACGCCGAAGAGAGCGUCAAGCUUUGCUUGGAAAAGAAUGAAUCUUUCACGGAGGCCUACCUUUUGAGGGCUCAGGUGGGAAUUUAGAAAAGGAAAAGGUGUUUCGGUGUUUUUGGAGGGUUCUGAGGGUUCUAAAAAUCUAAUUUGGUGUUUAGUAGAGGUUUUUUUGCAGAUUUUUUGAGUUAAACGAUUCAGAAUAAUAUUAGAUUAGUUUUUAAAAAGGCUUUUUCGUGUCCUUAAUCAAUUUUUGGAUCAUUUUCUAAGCUUUUUAGGGUUACUUCUGAAGUUUCGUGGUUUGUAAGGUUGAAAGGUACUGAGGAAUAUCUAAGAAAUGAGCCACAAUUCGGAAUUUUCGAAAAAAGAGGUCUCUAUUCAGAAAAAAAAGCCUUUUUUCAGAUGACGAUCGACCGUGGCGGAAAAAUCAACGAAGCCGAGCAAGCUCUGACCACCGGCCUGAAUUUCAAUUUCGCCGUUAGAGACACGAGUCUCUAUCAUCUGAUCAAGGCCAAAACUUUGAAAGUGACUUGAUAAUCAUCCUGUGGUCGCAUUUGGAAUGGUUCGCGUCGCAUUCCCGAGAAAAAUAAAAUAUAUUAUAGGAAGCAUGAGCUUUAAUCGUUUUCCUAUCGUCUUUCAGAAUUUUCUACUGCCUUCAAGCGUAAACCGUUUCAUAGUCGGGCGCAAGUUUAUUGAGACCAUCUCAGUAUUUUUACGUGAUUUUUUGCGGCGAAACUUCUUCAUCUUUCCAAGACCAAAACUCUGAAGGUUUUCACCUUAUCGUUUGGUCUUUUUGUAAAACUUCUCAGCUUGCUCAAGUCGUUUUGUGGUCCGGCGCAAGUUCAUUGUGAAUGUUUUCAUUCAUCAGACAUCUUAGAUAGACCAAAUUAUAAAGCUGCUUUUAAUUUGAUUAGUCUGAUUUUUCGAAAAAUUUUUUUGUUUGAUGCCAGCUAGCGUAACUCGUUUCAUGGUCGGGUGCAGCCUCAAAAGACGCGCUUCAAGCCAUUCUCUCUGCGGGCAUGAUUUUGAAUCAAUGACGCAUUUUUUUCAGAGAAAAAACGAAAACAAUGAAGCCAUUCAAACUCUCCGCGCCGCGCUGAAAAUCCCACAGAAGGAACGGUCGAAAAACCUGCUUGCACCGUUGGUUUUUCUCUUUUUAUUUCGAUUUAAGGGACAAAAAAAUAUGAUCGAUAAUAGAAUGAGCAGUGA